GCGCCGCGCCAGCCCAAGCUUAAAUUUAAGCUUGAAUCAGAGCGAGUGAAAUAGCCGCGGAGGCUAAAUUUAGACCACAGAACUGCCGGCAACCGGAUUCCGCACCGAUUGCGACCUGUGCGGCCACGGUAUCGAGGCUCACACGCAUUGCCGUCGAGGCAGCAGCGCAGCGACUGCGCCGAGGCACAAGCACACGCAUCGCCCUCCGCGGGAGAUCGCCAGCAAGAAGAAGAGCCAUGGACGACGACGACUGGGCCAACUCCGCCGAGAUGGACGCAUUGAUGGCCGCCGCCGAGGCCAAGCCGCCGCCGCCGCCGCGGACCGUAUCUAGCAAGCAAUUACAAGCGGUGCUCAAGGACACGUGGGGCUACGCCGAGUUCCGGGCGGGCCAGGAGGAGGCCGUCGAGCGCGCGUGCGCGGGCUGCGACGUCGCCGUCUACUGGCCGACGGGCUCGGGCAAGAGUUUAGUGUACCAGGUGCCCGCCCUUUUACAUGAGACGGGAUGUGUCUUAGUCAUCUCGCCGCUCGUGUCGCUCAUGAUGGACCAGUGCAAGGCCCUGAACGCGAAGAAAGGUAUGGACGUCGCGUGUUUUCUGGGGAGCGCGCAGCACGAUUUUAGUGUGGAACAAAAAGCGAAGCAAGGCCACUACCGGUUGGUCUACGCGACGCCGGAGAAGGCGCUGGGUUCAAAUCUAGCUCAGAAUCUGAACGAUUUGCGCCUGAUCGCCGUCGACGAGGCUCACUGCGUGAGCGAGUGGGGCCACGAUUUUAGACCAGAAUACAGAAGGUUGGGCGACCUGAGGGGAGAUUUACAAGUGCCCCUCGUGGCCCUCACGGCGACGGCGCCGCCCCACGUCCGUAGAGACAUCGAGCGCUCCCUGAAGUUGAGAACAGGAUUCCACGUCGCCGCGAAGACCGUAGAUAGGCCGAACCUUACAUUGAAGUGCCAGGCCCUCGCCUCCGGUUUAGGGACAGUACUAAGGGACGUGGCAAAAUCUCUAGGCAAGGGCAACGGCUCGACGUUAAUCUACUGCUCGACGCGGAACGAGGUCGAGGCGACGGCCGCUUCAUUAAGGCAGCUCGCUCCAGUGAACACGACGAUCGCGGCCUACCACGCGGGCCUCGGCGACGACCACCGUAAACAAGCGCACUACGACUUCCUCUCCGGUAAAGUUGAGUGCGUCGUGGCCACGGUGGCCUUCGGCAUGGGCAUCGACAAACCUGACGUGAGGCGGGUCAUCCACGUGUCCCCACCGAAAACAUUGGAAGAGUACUACCAGCAGGUCGGCCGCGCGGGGCGCGACGGGCUGCCCGCGUCGUGCGUCUUGUACCACAACGCCGUUGGUUUUACGAGGUACGAGUCGGACUUUUAUAAGAAGGGACUGGAAGGAGCCGCUUUAGAUAGGUACCAUGAAUCUAUAAGAGCGAUGCGCGCCUUUGCCGAGAAGGACUCGGGCUGCCGCCGGCGCCACAUCCUGCAGCACUUCAAGGAGCCGGUUGGAGACACGUGGUGCUGCGGCGCGUGCGACUUGUGCAACAAGGGCGACGAGCGCGACUUCACGGGGCCGUGUCGACUAUUGUGCGUCGCCGCGGCUUCUACUCAAUGCGCGGCGACGGACCUGUGCCUCCUCGCGAGCGGGAGCUUCCGGGGCAAGCGGAAUAGUUCCGAUGGCUCGACGUACGUGCCCGCGGGCCACGCGCGGGCCCAGCAGGCCCUCGCGCCGCUGUUGCGGCAGAGACCUGGUACUGAUAAGCUCUACACCCAGGACGCGCUCAAGGGCUUCCUCGUGCCGCUCGUUCAGCGGGGUUAUUUACAUAGAGAGACGCGGAAGGGCAGCUACGCGUCCUACGACGUCUACUCGUGCGCCCUCCGGGGCCGCGCCGUCGCGGACGGCAACGCCCAGGUGCGCCUGCCGCCGCCGGCCUUCGUCGUCGACGCCGAGCGCCGCGAGCGGGCGCGGGCCGACGAGCGGCGCGCCGAGCUCGAGGCCGCCGGCGCGGACGUCUCUUCCAUCCCGCCCGACCAGCUCGCAGCGGGCGCCGGGCCGGUCAUAAGCGCCGAACUGAGCUGGGCGCGCCGCUUGGAAGGAUGGCGCAAGAACGGCCAGGCCGACCGCGCGGCCAAGUACGAGGCGAUGCUGGAUCGGAUAUUGAAGUGGCGCGCGGCGGCGGCGCGGGCCCACGACCUCGCGCCGGCCACCGUGCUCCCCGACCACCUCGCCAAAAACUGCGCCUAUUCCAUGCCGACGACGGCCGCGGCGCUGCGCGAGAUCGGCGUGCGCUUCGGCGCCGGCGCGGACGACUUGGCGGCGCUCAUCGACCGCGCCGGCCGCGAGCUCGGCCUGUCGGUCGCCGUUUCGGCCGACGAAGACACGGGCGUGACGAUCGCGCUGCCCCGGGGCCCGAAGUCGUUCGCGGCGUGGCCGCUCGCCGUCGAGAAGCCGUCGAAGGCAGUGCGAAAAUCAAACGUCGCGGCGCGUCGGGAUCGUGACCUCCGCGCCAUCGACGGCGCACGCCACCUGGUUGAUUUGCGCACAGGUCGAAGAAGCCCAAGGCCUGGGACGUGUCCUGCGAGCGCCUCUCACAAGGAGAGAGCUGCGCCGCCAUCGCCGCGAACCAGGCCAACGGCAAGGCCAUCCAGACGGCUACCGUCGUGAAGCACGGGCUCACGGCCCUCGUCCACGGGCGCGCGGUGGACCUCGGACGACUCGCGGCCGACGGCGCCGGGGCGCGGCCCGCGCCCUGCGGCGCGCCGACGGUCGAGACCUGGCGCAAGUUCGCGGCCGCGGCGCUCUCGGCGGGCGUCGACCCCUUGCACGACGAGAAGUACGACAUCAAGGCCCUCGCGCGCGCCUACGACGACAGCUCAAUUAGUGGGAUGGCGGACGUCGACUACAAGGACCGCACGGACUCCCAAAAAAUCGCGUGGAACGCGUGGUCCAAUUCUCGAAAUUGGUGGGAGGCGCUCGUCCGCGUCGGUUGGGACCCUGAUUCCUCUGAGCCGGCGGCCAAGAAGCCGCGCAUCGUCUAAGAUUGUGUACUACAUAC